GAACAUAUGACUUAUCAAGUUUUCGAGGAUUAUUGCCAAAUAUUAUUUUUAGUUCAAUUGAGAUAAGUAUCCAUUCAACAGCAGAUUACGUAUUGAGUCAGUAGGUAGUUUUCAACCUCUUAACUAGGAAUUAUUCGAAAUUAUGAUUAAGUUACUUCUUUUAUCAACCGUACUCCUAGCACUUUGCCUCGGAAAAGUGGAGAAUGCAAAAAUCCUUUGCGUAUUAGGAUUUCCUGCCCACAGUCACUUUAUUAUGUUCCGGUCACUUCUGGAAGAAUUAUCCAGGAAAGGACAUGAAGUUGAUGUUGUUACUGCCCUACAGAAACCUAAUUCAACAAGGUUGAAUUUCAUCAAAAUUCCAAAUAUCCUUGAAGAAGCAGGUGAGGAGUUCAAUGUUCAAGAUGCCCGUAUGCUCUCAGUUCAUGAAAUGAUGGAAAUGAUCCUUGCAUCUCAUGACCGAAAUUUCAAUAUAUGUUCAAAUUUAUUCAGUACCAAAGAAAUGAGGAACUUCAAAGACACUGAUAAAAAAUACGAUCUUCUUAUCUUCGAAGUCUUCGCAUAUGAUUGUAUUUUUGGUUUUGCACAUAAAUACAAAGUGCCAGUUAUAGCAUUAACUUCCAGCGUUAAUUUGCCUUGGGGAGCUAAUAGAAUUGGAAAUCCUGAUAAUCCUUCCUACAUUCCCACAUAUUUUCGAGAUCUGCUUCCAGAAAUGACGUUAUACGAGAGAAUACUCAACACAUUCACACUGCUUCAUGCUAAGCUUCUACAUUACAAGUAUUUACAAAUACAAGAUGAGGAGGCGCGAAAAUUUUUUGGAGAAGAUAUGCCAUAUUUGGAAGAUAUAGUAUCGAAUACCAGUCUUUUCAUUGUCAAUAGUCACUUCAGUCUUGAUCAAGCCAGACCUAACGUCCCAAAUUUCGUUGAAGCUGCCGGACUUCAUAUAAACGAAGUUAAACCAUUAGAUAGUGAUUUACAAGAUAUACUCGGGGAUUCAAAAUUCAUAUAUUUCUCCAUUGGUACUGUAUUGAGUUCAGAUACAAUUCCUUUAGAAAAACUACAGAAUAUAUGCGAUGCCUUCGAUAUAUUAAACUACAAAGUGUUGUGGAAAACAGAUAGAAAAAAACUCCCCAAAGGAUUGAGAAUACCUUCAAAUGUAAACACUCAGGAAUGGGUACCUCAGCUAGAUAUUUUGUGCAAUCCAAACAUCUUGUUCUUUUUUACACACAGUGGAUUAUUAGGAACACAGGAAGCGAUUUAUUGUGGUGUACCAAUGUUGAGUAUACCUAUUUUUGCAGACCAACAUCUAAAUUCAAAGAAUAUGGUGUCUAAGGGAGUUGCACUGCAUGUUAUAAUGGAGGAAUUUACUCAGGAAGAAAUUAUCUUCAAAAUGAGGGACUUAAUAGAAAAUCCAAAAUAUAAAGAUAAUGCAAUGUCAUUAUCAAUCAUGUUCAAAGAUAGGCCCAACAAACCAUUAGACGAAGCUGUUUAUUGGAUUGAGUACGUUUUGAGGUACAAAGGGGCCCCUCAACUGAGGAGUAGAGCUGCUGAUAUGGCAUGGUAUCAGUAUUACUUAGUUGAUAUUACUUCAGUCGUUGUACUCAGUUUAUCAGUAUUUUCAUUUAUCAUUUAUAGACUAGUGAAAUUUUUUCUCGGAGUUCAUCUGAAUAUAAAAUUUGAACCAAAAUAUAAAAAUUUAUAAAUGCA